AUGGCAUCCAUUUCAAGACCAACCCCAGAUACUGUCCACCAUUCUGUCAACAACCACGUCGCUCUUAUCACCGGUGCUGCCAGAGGCAUUGGCUUUGCGACGGCGUCCCUAUUCGCCCAACAUGGGGCUCGUGUGGUUCUGGUCGACUUGCAUGAAGAGGACCUGAAAAGUGCAUGCACCAAGAUUGGUCGGCAAGCCACGUAUGAGGUGUGCGAUGUGAGUGACUGGGGCCAACAAGAAAAGCUGUUUCAUCGUGUGUCGAACGCGAUCGGCCCCAUUCAUCUUCUCGUGUGCAAUGCAGCCGUGAAUCCCGAGAUUUCCCUACUGCAGAGAGCCGAUCCGGCUCAACGGAUGCAGAUGGAUUCCCAGGUUCUCUACAAUUACCUGGCGGAUGAACCCGAAACUGGUGAUCCGGGAAGCCAACUCCGGCGACCCUCCACGAACGUAUUCGACAUCAAUGUCAACUCUGUUUUAUUUGGGCUGAAGCUUGGGGUCCACCACAUGAAGCAGCAGGGUGGAGGACGAAUCGUUGUUGUGGGAUCGGCCGCAUCCUACCUACCAGUUUCUUCGCAACCGCUCUACACCGCAAGUAAACACGCUGUGCUGGGUCUGGUCCGGAGCACAUCCCAGGUUCCAGAGGUUAUUCAGUCAGGGAUCUCUAUCUCUUGGGUCGCUCCUUGGUUGACGCUGACGUCGAUGGUGGAAGGUCUCCAAGCCACCACACAGCCGCACACCUUGAAGAGCACGGCGGAUGAUGUGGCCUGGGCGAUUGUUGCCGCUACUUUGGCCAAGAAUUCAAAUGGGAAAGGAUAUUGGGUGCAAGGGAAAGCUAUCAGUGAAGUGGAAGGGGCAUAUGGUGAAGUGGCAGGCCGACUGAUUGUGCCGGAGAAUCGAUUUUAG